UGCAGACGUUAGGGUUUCUGUAGAGUUAGCAAGUGUCUGUAGCUCAGUAGUUUUACCUUUACAGUUCUGAAUCAUUCCUAAGUCAGUAUGUGUGCAGGUGCGAAAUCGUAUGCUUCAAUUCAAGCAGAAGUUUGUUUGUUAUUUUGCUGACAGAAGCAGAAACAGCCAUGACUAGACAAAGUGGUCGCCUGCAGAAAAGAUCUGAAAAUGCUCCAGGGCAGAAAGGCAAAGUCACUAAGCAAAGCAACAGAAAAAAGGUUCAGCCCCUGUCAAAGCUGCAGUGCGAGAAGAACCAGCUGGUACUUGAAGGUGUCGCCAAGCCUUGUAUUCUCUUAGAGACUCGUGAGAAGGGAGUCACGGUCGGCUGUGAUGAACCAGCAGUUCUCACUUCAGGGGAUUCCUUGGUUCGGCCGUCACCUCUUCCUCAUCUUGGAUGGGGAUCUUCUGAAGAUGUAUGGCAGAAGAUGGUCGGCAGGGAGCAGAAUUACACACACAGCAAGAGCUUCAUGCAGAAGCACCCCAGUAUACAACCCAGAAUGAGAUCAAUCCUCCUCGACUGGUUGAUUGAGGUGAGUGAGUCCUAUACUCUUCACCGGCAGACGUUCUACCUGGCACAGGACUACUUUGACCGGUUCAUGUUGACCCAGAACAACAUUGAAAAGAGCAUGCUGCAGCUCAUUGGGAUAACCUGUCUUUUUAUAGCAGCAAAGAUGGAGGAAGCCUGUCCUCCAAAGCUCUCACAGAUGGCCUAUGUGACUGCAGGGACCUACUAUGAAGACGAGAUUCUUCAAAUGGAGUUAAUAAUUUUGAAGGCACUAAGUUGGAACCUUUGUCCUGAAACAGCCGUGUCGUGGCUGAAGCUUUACUUCCAGAUGGCAUCGAUGAACACCAACUCUGACCUGCUGGAGCCGCAGUUUCCACAGGACACUUACAUACAAAUGACACGUCUUUUAGACCUGUGUAUCCUCAACAUAAACUCUUUGGACUUCCAGUAUCGAGUGUUGGCCGCCUCAGUCCUGUGCCAUUUCAUUCAGCAGGAAACAGUAGAAAAAGUUUCAGGUCUGUCGAAAGACGCCAUCCACCUGUGUGUUAACUGGAUGGCCCCCUUUGUGGAAUCUGUGGGUUGUUUUGGCAGAGCAACAAUGAGGGAUUUGACCAGAAUAAAGACGGAAGACAGACACAACAUCCAGACGCACACAGAUUACAUGACCAUGCUGGAGAACGCCAGUCAAAAGGAGGUAAAGAGCCAGUUUCCCACUCCUCCCAACAGCACAGAAAAAACCUGCACACACUGAACUCCAAGAGGAAGACUCUGAAGUGAGUGUGACCAAAGAGCACAGGGUUAAGUUUCCGCAAAGGCCAAGUCUUAACUGGAGACUGCUCCUAUCCAGUGGGGGGGAAAGGCCGUUAACAGCGAUACUGAUUCUGGACGGGAGUUUAUUUCACGCCUGCUGACAUGAAUGAAAUUUGUCACUGAAUGCACUAUCCAGGGUAAUGUGCCUGUAUUUUAAAGACUCGUGAAUCUUGGCCAAAGCUUUAUGCUUGAUUUUUAGCUGUUUUUAGCAAGUGGGUGCUUUUGCUUCAGAAAGGAAAAAUGUUUAGUUUUUUUAAAGUGUGAUGUUUGCUGUAUGUGUCAUUUUGUAGGAAAUGACUUUCUAUUACUGAAAGUGAUGUGCAAUUGUUUACUUUUGUAGCAUUAAGUACGGUCAACAGAUGAAAUCUUUAACACUGCUUUAGGGUCAGUGGAAAUUAAAUUGUUUUUAAAAUGGAUUCUGUUGAAAAGCAGUUGAGUGUACAGCUGCUACUUCACCUGUCGUCUAAUCUCUAAACUAAGUGCAAAAGGUAACUUGGAAACACUGAUGUACGAGUAUGCACUUUUUCAUGAACCCUGAUGAAAGCCAUGCGUCAGAAAGCGCUGGCUAAAUAAAGUGCAGUCUCUUUAGUUCAUGAGUGUUUGUCAGUUAGCUUUACCAUGCUGUUAUAACCAAGCCAUUGUUUGUGUAACUCAGGGCAAUGAUGUUUGUUUUUUAAAAGAAUUAAUUCCUAAUUACUACAAGUGUACAAAUGAGCAACUGUAUUUAUUUAGAAGUUUAUUUUCUACCCCAAAAUAAAAUAUACAUUCCCCCCCAAAAGUUUAA